AUGCCACGCAGGACACAUAAGAAGUCUCGCAAUGGCUGCGUUGAAUGCAAACGCCGUCACGUGAAGUGCGACGAGCGCCGGCCUAUCUGCUCCAAUUGCGUUGCUUCUGAACGACAGUGCCAGUUCGUCGGACCUGCUCCUACAGUCUCCUCGGCACGAGCUUCACCCAGCACCAGCCAUGAAUUUGCUUCUGCUUCUCCCGCUACCAGUUCACCCGCGCAACAGCCGACAUCAGCCCCGGGUGGCUUUGUGCAAGAUGCUCCAGUCAAUCUGCUUCAUGUAGAGCUUCUCCACAAUCUAUUUCUGGAAAGCGCUAAUUGGGUCAAUGCCCGCGAGGUAUCGUCUAGCAUGUCUUUCCCUGACAUGCUAAAAACCGGCCUUGAAGCACCUUACAUGCUCAAUAUGCUGUUGGCUAUAAGUGCUUUGAAUCUCAGCAUUGUGAAGCCAGAUCGUCGAGACUACUAUCGGCAUCAUGCGACUCAACUUCAAAGUCAUGCCUUGAACAACUUUAACAGCCUAUCACCAGGCUUCGACCAAGAUACUUGCAUCCCAAUGUUCCUUUUUGCUGCAGUCCUGGGACUUCAUUUGCUCUGCGAGACUCUCGUCUUUCGAGAAGGUAAUUUCGAGAGCUUCCUCGACCGCUUUGUGCAGUACCUUCGACUCCAUCAAGGAAUACGUACAAUCACAGCCGAGGGACGGUGGGAGUACUUACGGCAAUCGAACUUAAAGCCAUUUUUGGCAUUCAGUGAACGGCUUCCACCCAUGGAUUCUGAGUUUGGACCGGUGUGCGAGACUUUAUACCAACGCGUCCAAGGCUCUGAAAAAAGCGAAGCUAGGCUCAAGGUGUAUCGCCAAACCAUUCAAGCUCUACAGGCGGUGAUGACGGCACUCGACUCCGAGAAUGAACGCUUGGGUGCUUUGGUGGCGUGGCCAGUGAUGAUAUCCACUAGUUAUGUGGAUCUGGUAGCAUCACAUCAAGAAGAAGCUUUGGUGAUUCUGGCAUAUUACGGCGCACUUAUUCACCCAAGUCGUAACAAUUGGAUGUUUCAAGAUGGUGGCCAGUUCCUGAUAGAAUCAGUUACCCAGCACUUAGGGCCGGCUUGGCAUGAAUGGCUAGAAUGGCCACGGAAAACCUUAAUUUAG